CUAUCAACAAGCUAGUUAGCAGUGAGCGAUGUGGUGAACGCUAUCGAUGAUGCUCCAGCAACGACAGGACAUGGACUAGCCGACUGAGAGCUACUCCGGUGCCGGGACAAUCACCAUCGGGCUGAGGACCGUCUCAGGUGGCUGUAAUUAGCUGCUACAUUCAUGCGGUCGCUGGUGCAGAGGGGGGUUUGAGCUCUGAGUGGCGGGCAAGCUCAGUCAUCAGCUCGCUGGGACAAGUGGGACAACACGGCUCACUCACCGAGCACGAGCAUGGUGGUCCCGGACAGCGCCAGCGUGGUCCCCCAGCCUGGCAAUGGCAGUCCCACUGGCCUCAUGGAGAGCUCCAAGCCCGGGUGCGAGGAGGAAGUGGAGGGGGGUCAAGACCUGGCAGGGGUGGAGCUGGAGGAGGUCCGAAAGCUGCAGGAGCUUGUGCAUAGGUUGGAGGUCCAGAAUGAGACCCUGCGCAACAGGGGGAGCAAGAAGGCCGUCAUCCACAGAGGAGCCGGCAGCAACAGCAACCUCACAGCCACGGCCAACAUCAAUGAGAGGCUGGCUUGUGAAGGGGUGACCAACUCCUGCCUCAGGUUGGAGCACAGCGGCGAGCUGGGGGGCACAGACUUUGAGCUGUCACCCCCUCAGGACAGCAGCAGCAGCGGCGAAGAGAUGUCCCCUCUGCCCGUGGCCCACAGGCUGGAGGAAGGGGACGAAGAAGAGGAGGUAGAAGAGGACGACCAGGGUCCGUGCGGGGGCUUUCUCACCCUGACCUACAGCAACGGAGGGGCACAGUCCGGGGGGCAAAGCCAGACGCCAGAGAGCCCCUCUCAGGACAGUUACGAGUCAGAGACACUUGCUGAGAGCGACUCAGGGGUGGACCAAACUGCACUAGAUGAAGUGGAUGUCCUAGAUUUGGAGGACGAGUGUGCGGAGGUAGAGGACGAGGACAGUUGGUUGUACGUGUCUCCAAAAAAGCAAGCGGCAGAUCCGGGCACCGAGUCUCCAUUGAAGUGGUGUCGGCAGGCUCUUGACCACCGCAGCCCAGAGACAGAAAUGGCUUGUCGGACCCUGAUCAGCCGCUUGGACCAGACGUCUCGAUGGAGGAACAUGUACAGUAGUCCAUCGGCAGAGGCAGGCUCGGCAGGCUCAGGCCUGAUCUCUCCUGGGUACCACAAAUCAACUAACAAAUCCCUACUAACCUGUGGCACUUCAGGUGUCACAAGCAUGCAGUCAGCCCUGAGCUCGCAGUCCUCUAUAGACAGUGAGCUCAGCACAUCAGAUGACUCCAUCUCUAUGGGCUAUAAGCUGCAGGAUCUCACUGAUGUCCAAAUCAUGGCUCGCCUACAGGAAGAGAGUCUGAGGCAGGAUUAUGCUUCCAGCUCAGCAUCCGCAUCGCGUCGCAGCUCCACGGCCUCUCUGCAGUCCUUGCGCCGGGGUGGCACCUACAGCGAUCAGGAAUUUGACAGUUACAGCCUGGAGGAUGAGGAAGAUGAGUUCUGCUCCAUGCCCCAGCGGCGGCAUCGCUUUACCCCCUCGCCCUUAGGCUCACCCCGGUGCCUGUCUCCCUCCACCUCCAACCACGGUCAGGAAUACAGCAGCCGACUCGGGGCCCCGCGCACAAGAACACCCAGACGAUCUCUCCAGGGCCCCAGUGCAGAGCUGCUGAAAUUUGCCAAGAGUGAGGAGGAGUUGAGGCACAGCAUGCCUAACCUGGCCCCCCGCACCAGCCUACGUUCCCUGGAGGCAGUCAGAAACAGCCGUAGCAUGGAGGCUAACCUCCAGAGCUCUGGCAACCGCAUGUCCCACCUGACUCACUCCCCCUCCACAGGUAUGGCUUGUAGUCGGCUGCGUAGCAACGGCCAGUCACCUCUCUCCCUGCGGGCGCCAGUUAAAGCUGUCGCUCCCGUGGGCUCCAUGGUGCCCGGUCGUCAGCCUUCCAGAGGUCUGCCUGUUGUCCAAGCACCUCCUGCAGGAGGGGGCCGCAGGGUCCAGUCCCCAGGUUCUGCCAACGGCGGAGCCUACAUACCUGGGAGGGCCUCCACCGGGAAGCCUGCCAUGGGCCGAGGACAGGCCGUGCCGUCAGCAUCCACCAGGAGUAAACUUUCACAGCCCACCAGGAGGUCUUUUGGCAUGACUAAAAUCUCAGAUGAAUCCUGGAAAGACGGCUGUUACUGAGUCGGGCCGAUGAUGAAGGAUGUUCACUGCUGCAACCCUCACCUGAACUUUCCCCAAAACCUCAUCGUACAAACAACACAGCCAGUGUGUCCACGACUGUGUCAUAAGACCUCUCGGUCCCCCAUUUCAGACCUGAGCUCUGGGCUGCACUGGAUUCUUAGUUAAGACUCAUCUCUUUCCCUCGCAUGAAACAUUGUCAACCCACACAGAGAUGAUGUGUGGGAAGACAAGACGGCACACAUGCACACUCCACUUGUGAUAUGGACCAACUCAGAGCUUCCAGAAGAUUUGUUUGUGUCAAUUCUACUUAUUUUUCUAUGGUAAUUGUGAGAAACUGCUGGAAUAUUAAGGGUAAUAUUGCUGUUCUCUUGAUGUAAUUGAUAUGAAGACAAUUUAAAUGAAGAUAUUGCUGGUUUGUUCAUUUUCUGUGUGACUUCCUACUAGAUGAAGGUGCUGAGUGUUGCAUGCUUGGUUUUGUUGUUUCUACUUAUCCCUACAGCCUUUUCAUCAUUAUGUAACUGCAAUAUGACAAAUCUUCCAUGUGUCCCACAAUGAUCUGUGUGAAUUUAUGAAUGUUUGAUUGGUUCAUUGUAAAAUUAUCAUUAGAUUUGUGUUGUGUUUGUGUUCAGCUCUUUGAAUACACAGCAAUGCAACUCCUGUAAACCACACUGCCCUUAUAAAUAACACAAAAAAGGAAAAAUAUGGUUUGUGCCAAGGUGCAUUUCAGCUGCAACACUUUCUAAAACUAGAAGUAACCUUGAUUCAUUAAAGGUACUGUUACGGUACUGUGUUUUCCAGGCAUUUUUACUGCAUAUCCAGAGGUGGUUUUGAGUGUUUGCUUUUGGAUAUCACUGUAAUACAAAAAAUGUUUAUGCACGAAGGCCGCGUGCCUUAGACAGCUAUGCACCCUCAUGCAGAGUGCCUCUGAAAAUUAGGAGCUGUAAUGAAAAUGAGUAAUAAAAUCUACC